UCCUCCUCAAACACAAGAUCAUGCCGCCAGUAUCAUUCGACAAAAUUAGCCUGAAAGAUAAAAGCAUUUUCCGAGGAUCCGCCUAUCACGCAAUUGUUCAUGCCCAUGUAUCAGUGAUGAUGAUUGCCUGGAUGUUUCUCACUGGUGUGGUCACUGUGGUCUCCAGACACUACAGGGAUUGGCUGCCCAAGAAAAAACUCUUCAGCACCAAAGUUUGGUUUCAGGUUCAUAGAGCUCUAGCAAUUCUAGUGGCUUUGCUCACAUAUGUAGGAUUUAUUAUCAUGUUUGCACUAUAUGGUGCUGAAAUCAGAGAAGGAGCAGGUGUCCACGCUUACAUCGGCCUGGUAAUUGUCGGCCUAGUGUCCGUACAACUCAUUGCUGGGAUGUUGCGGCCAAAUCCUGAUAACAAAUGGAGAGUUUACUUCAACUGGGGCCAUCGUAUUUUGGGCCAGUUGUGUCAUGUAUUGUUUAAAAGUUGCAUUAACUCUGAUUCCAGCGUGACAAUGUUUCUGGGAUUUGGGAUGGAGCACAACCUAGAGGAAAUGAAAUCUUUUGGCUUUACUGUCCUGGGUAUUUGGUUAGCAGGACAAAUUGUCUGGCAUGUGGCUUAUGAGAUCUUGAGCUGGAGAGUUAAAGCUGCAAAAGAUGAUACAUCAUCAGAGGAUGACAAGGAUAAAGCCAACAAAACAUCCAACAUCCUGACAAUCUUGAUGGUUGCCUACAUCAUAUUUCUUGCUACACUGACUAUAGCAGGGAUGGUCGCCUUCCUCAUCUACUAACUAAAGUACAAGAACUUGAACACGUUUUCAUUGUCUUAUAAUUUUCUUAUUUACUAACAUUCUACAAUCAACACAGCUCAAUGUUGAUUAACAACAAAGACAUGAAACUUUAAAGAUAAUUCUAUGAUAUUUAACAUCUAGAUAUAAAAUUCUUUAUAAUUGAUUAGAUAAGAAGUAUUUGUUGAAUCUUUUAAAACAUUUUUAUUAAUAUAUUGUCAACUUAUGCGUGUUAAUAAUUACAACUUAUGCAUAAUGGAAAAAUUCCAUACAGUGUUUUGUGUUGAAAAGCUUUAUAAUUCAACAAUAAGAAGGAUUUGGCUAAUUGACAUCCCCUGUCAAUUUUACUAGAAAGAUAGAUAGCGCAGAUUUUCAAGGGAUGCAAUCAAUUUUAUGCUCACGAUAUAUUCAUGUUUCGUUUGUGUCCCUUUACUGCAGGUAUUAAAAUUAUCUAAUAAUCUAAAGUAACUCCUAUAUGUUUAAAACUUAGGUACAUAACAAUAUUUAUUUUUAUCCCUGACAGUAUUCUAAUGAACACUUUAUUACUUGUUUUAAAUCUUAUAUUAUUUCUCUCUAUUUAUAUUUACAUUUUUUUUUCAAUCAUUUGUAAAGUUAAGACACGAUAUUUACAUAGUUGUUUUUGUGAAUAUUAAAAAAAAUCUAUUUAUAACAUGAAUAAAGCAAGCAGAAACUAAAUCCCUACCACACCCUAAAAUGAGAGCUCAGG